AUGACAUCCUGCAAUCCCCUCACCCCCGCCGCCUACCACCACCUCCACCUCCAGCCACCCCCUUCCGCCGUCGCGGCGGCGACGGCCCUCUCCCCUCCCUCCCCCUCAUCCAACACCACCGCCGCCGCCGCGACGAGCAGCAGCAGCAGGUACGAGAAUCAGAAGAGGAGGGACUGGAACACGUUUGGGCAGUACCUCAGGAACCACAGGCCCCCGCUGCACCUCUCGAGGUGCAGCGGGGCCCACGUCCUCGAGUUCCUGAGGUACCUGGACCAGUUCGGCAAGACCAAAGUCCACUCCCACCCUUGCCCCUUCUUCGGGGUGCCCAGCCCUCCGGCGCCCUGCCCCUGCCCGCUCCGCCAGGCCUGGGGCAGCCUCGACGCCCUCAUCGGCCGCCUCCGGGCAGCCUUCGAGGAGCACGGCGGGAAGCCCGAGAACAACCCCUUCGGCGCCAGGGCGGUGCGCCUCUACCUCAGGGAGGUCAGGGAUUCUCAGGCCAAAGCGAGAGGGAUCAGCUACGACAAGAAGAAGCGCUCUCGCAACAACAGUAACAAUAAGUUGUCACGGCCGUCCACUUCUUCGUCUUCUUCAGCCGCCGGCUCCGCCUCGAAUGUGAGUGGUGAUCGUGAUCAUGAGUGUUGA